AUGGAUUCUCAACAGGACAGUCUAGAUAUAGCAAAAUUAAAACGUUUUGCAUUAGGCUUCGAUGAAACUGAUGUGUCUCAAGCGCUUGUCAGCGAGGCUGAAUCUCAGAUUUCUUCGUCUCUCAACCUUCAGCCGCCUCUUACGGCCGACCGUCGUAUAAACGUCGAAGAACGUGUUUCUCUCCGCCAGAGCCCCUCUCGUGCGAAAAUUGUUGAGUCCGUUGUGGCUGUUCACAUUGUUCCAUCCACGAACCACGAUGUGCACGAGCUUACUGAGCGAGUCCUAAAUUCACAAGAAGAGCUUUUGAGCAGCGUUCCUGAGUCGAAUACACCCAAGAUGAGUGCGGGAGAUAGCGGUACCGGCGAUACUCAACCUAUUUCGCAAUCAAUCUAUGAGAAUAUUAUAUCGCGAGGAAAAUCCUUCCAACCCUCACAAGCCCGCGAACUUGGUUCUUCAGAUGCUCAUAGUGCUGGCCAGGAAUCCUUUCAGAUGACUGUAAGGGAAGGAGAAACAGGCCAUAUCGAUCUGUUAGCCGAUUUCGAGCCGAAUAAACAAGCAGCGGCCGCACAACAUUAUAGCUCGGACGACGAGGUAGAUAGUUCAAAAGAUGGCCAGUCGUCUCCUUCACAGUUCCCAAGCCUCAACGUCUUCCCGGAGUCGCAGCGCUUCUUGACAACUCCAAUCACUGCGGAGAAAAGUCGUGACGUUCCCAACAUGGCAGCCACGACCCCUUCCCUUCCUCGGAACCCUCUUGCCGCCGAUUUCAGUUCCAGCGGCGGAAUACUCCCUCUCAGCCAACUGUUCAAGGCAACUCAGACGCCCGUCUCGCCCUUUGCAGCUAGAUUAACAUCUGGGCCGCUGUCAGAUCGUCCUUCUCCUGAUCUUCCUAUCCAGGCUCGUCCCUUGAAUGGAUACACAUCCUCUCCUUCCCGUACACCCCGAGCUAAUUUUACUCGAACUCACACCGAUCCCUUUUCGUACGUCUCCAUGGACGAGUCACAAAAGCGGCGCAAUCAGAGAAGGGAAGAGAGACGGACUAGAUCGGCUGAAAAUAUUGACUCCGAAGAACCGUUUGACAAGGACUUCGAAGAAGAAUCAAGUCUUGUUCAACGCUCGAACCGCAGAAGGAAUAUUGACCAUGAAACCAGUCUGCGUCUUGCGUCUAUAACUCACGGAAGAUUCUCCAGUGAUUCCGGCGUUAAAUCGUCAACCUCUUUGACUAAGGCUGCAAGUCGAGAAGUCUCAGUGGAAGCGGACGAAACACAAGAACCCUCCGGUCCCCUCAACGGUGAGGAUGUGAGCGAAGUAGAGACGGAUAGAGAAGAUGUUGCAGUAGUCCCCCACAGCCAAACUCGGCACGCUCCAUCCUCGUCCGAAGAAGACAAGGAGAAUCAUGUUGGACUAUACACAGACACGGCACAUGCAACUGCUGCCGCACAUGAUCGGUUGUCACAGGUGUUGGACAUGCAUAACGACUCUACGAUGAUCGAGACACCCCCAGCAGAAUCUCAUGAGCCGGCAGGCGAAACUUGCGUUAGAAAUUUGCAACAAGUGAUUAACGUGCGAGAUUCUCAACCGUCAUCCAGUCAAGGAGCAUUGAAACAUAAAAGAACUACAAGUCUUUUAUCUCAAUCGGAGUCUGUACAUAUCCGGUCAUCGUAUGACGAUUCGUCGCCGCCCACGAAAAGGCAGCGCCGACAACGUAUUGCAGAACAAAAGCCUCCUCUCUCACCUAGCAAGCAAUCUCCGCAACAAAAUGCACGACCAACUGCGUCUGUGCAGUCUCCAACUCGGCCUGCGCAGCAUCAGGCAUCUUCCAACGACCAGGGAUCUUCAACCCGCAAUGGCACAGAGAAACCAUCCUCUAUACCGUCACUUGUUGCAAACACUCCGGUAAACAAAGCUGGAUGUGACACUAUUCCCGAAACAAGUAUUCCAGGGUCAAGCCCGCAUCGCAGUCAGCCACCUGUUUCGACCCUAGGCCCUCUCAAUCAACUUCCUGUGAUGCAGGAGACUGAAGAAGAUGAUGAUGAUGACCUCCCUCCUCAACGCCAUCUCCGGCAACGGAACAGCGGCCUACUAGCCACAAGGAUCUCCAAUACAGAGAAGCCAAAAUUUUUUCUCGGCUCUAGUCCAGACAAGGGCUCUAUAAAAACACUGUCAGAGCUAUCCGCUGAUAUGUCACCUCAGUCUGCUCAUGGGGAUACCAUAGAUGUCAAUGACUUUUUCGACAAUGAUGAUGAUGAGGGUUUCUCCAGGAUAUUGGAAGGCCGUAACCGUACACCUAGAAAAAGGCUUCAAAAAAUUACAGAUUAUCUCAGCCCACAUUACGGUUCAUCUCCUCUGAAAAACGUUGAAUCAACACGGACUUUGUAUGUAGAACAAUCUGUGCCUCCAGACCAAUACCUACAGGAACCAGAGUCUCCGAGCGUCACACCUAUGCGAGCUGUGGCUCGUCGUCAACAUGCUAGGCCGUCACGGCUUGGAGAGGACAUGUAUGAAAUGGAAGGAUCACCUCGAGUCCGCAAGAGGACUUCUGCACCUAGCGUUUCCGAGUCAUUUGAACAUCUCCCACCGCAGGAAUCGGCCUCGGAACCCCAUCCUCUACAGGAGAACGAAUCACCUACAUGCAAUUCACAACAAUUAGCCAAGGGGACAGCUUCCAACGACGUUCAACCAUUUCAAACAGCCCCAGAAAAAUCUGCUGCUUCUUCAACGAAGUUAUCAGUUUCCGUGUCGCAGGCCGAGAACCUCACAUCCGUUAUCCAGUCUCCAGAGCCAGAAGAGCCUAUUAUUGCUCCAAAUCAGGUAUUGGCCUUCUGGAACGGUCGCAAACGUGCUUACUAUCCUGCCACUUUCAUGCAUGCGGGUGGGCCACAACGAUGUGUGGUAGCUUUUGCAGAUAGCGGACCUGUAGAUAUUGCUCUUGGAUCUGUCAAGAAAUUACAACUGCGUGUGGGAGACGCUAUCAAAAUUGAUUUCCCUACGGUGCCAAAAGUCACCCAUAUCAUCCGCGGAUUUUCCCAGCAGCUGAAACCUGAGGAGUUGACACAGAGAAACGAGUCUGGUUAUUUACCUGUUACGGAUAUCUACGGAUACUCGACAGUUAUCGUUUCCCCAAAACAGCGUAAGAGCAUUCCGGGUGGCGGUCAGCUGGAGAACGAGCAGACCAUUGAAGUUCCAAUCUAUAGUAUCUAUUUAGACAUGAUAUUAUGGAACCAGAUGAAAGGUCGCUCCUUUACUAUCAGUGAGAAAGCAGAGCCGGUCCCGAGCAUUCUCCAAACACCAAGUCGUGGUGUCUCAACACCGAUAUCGCCAGCGUCUAGGCUUUCUCGCACCCAUCUUACUAUACGCCUAGGCCUUUUCUCUGGUAUGGUGUUUGCUAUCUCUUUGGGCGACCAGGAUGCGCAUAAGAACCGGAUUGUCAAGUUAAUAUCCGCGAAUGGUGGCCAGAUCCUCCAAGAUGGAUUUGAAGAACUGUUUGAAUAUCCAUCUAGCCCGCCUGCUGUUACGCAGGCAGAGGCUUUGUCACAAAGUGAAGUUGCUGAAGAAGCAAUAGACUUUCGAGUGGCAUCCAAGUAUGAAAAUACAGGAUUUGCUUGCUUGAUAGCCGACAAACACUCUCGUCGUGCCAAAUAUAUGCAAGCUCUGGCUCUCAAUUUACCUUGUCUUUCUAGAAGGUGGAUUGAAGAUUGUGUGGAGCAGAAUCGUAUUCUCAGCUGGGAUCAUUACCUUCUUCCCGCUGGCGAAUCGAGCUUCCUUUAUGGAGCCAUCAAAUCUCGGGUGCUUACUCCAGUCGCUGCGGACAAGGCUCUAUUUUCGCAAACAUUCGAUGGACGUGCAAAACUACUCGACGGACAAUCUGUACUUUUGGUGCUGGGACGCGGCAAAACAGAAGAAAGACACAAAGCUUAUAUUUUCCUGAUGUAUGCACUGGGAGCCGCGAGGGUUGCACGUGUUCUUGAUCUGAAAGCGGCCAAGGUACUUCUCCGGAAACAUGCACAAAAGCAAGGGGAACAGCCCAGAUGGGAUUGGCUGUAUGUUGACGACACCGAUGAAGCUGCAGCGGAGGUAUUGGUAGGUGGUGAUCCUUAUGAGGUCUCUUUUGGUAGCAAAAAAAGGAAGCGAUCCGCCUUGUUCCUGGAAUCUAAUGAGACGCUCCCACAAGUCAUGAGCAAUGACCUCGUCUGUCAGAGUUUGAUAUUGGGGAAGAUCUGCAAAUAG